AUGCGACUGCAACACCCAAACACGGACUCGGCAAGCAACAUGCGAACCGCCGCCACAGGCUGGAGGCGACUCAGCGUUGGCGUCGUGGGAGGCGGCAUCGGCGGCCUCGCUGCGUCCAUUGCGCUGCGCCGUGCAGGCCACGAGGUAACCAUCUACGAGCGCCAUGAUUUCGCCGGGGAAGUGGGUGCUUCUAUCUCGUGCGCGGCGAACGGCACGCGCUGGCUGCACGAGUGGAAGGUGGAUAUCGCCCAGGGGGACCCCGUUGUGCUGCGCAAGCUGAUCAACCGCGACUGGAAGACGGGGGAGCCCGUCAGCGUGUAUGACCUGGAUGGGUAUGAGGAGCGAUGGGGUUACGUGUACUACAUGUUCCAUCGGCAGUACAUGCAUGUCAUGUUGAAGGACUGUGCGAUGCAAGAGGAGGGGGAGGGGACGCCGGUGAAGUUGCUAGUGAACCACCAGUGCAAGGAUAUAAACCUCGAGACCGGGGUGAUCAGCUUCGCCAACGGCAAAACCGCCCAGCACGACCUCAUCGUCGGCGCGGACGGCAUCGGCUCCGCCGUGCGUAGCAUCAUCGGUCUCAAGCCGGAGAAGAAACCCGCCGACUCGAGCUGUCUGCACGCCAACGUGCGCACCGAGGAUGCCGUCCGCCUCGGGCUGUGCGCUGGAGUACUGUACUGGGGCGGCCAGGAAAACAGCUGGGACAAGAUCGUGCUGUCGCCCUGCAACGGCGGCAGCCUGCUCUCGUACUACUGCUUCUUCCCGCGGGAGAAGGGCGAUUUCACGAACCACACUUGGGGCGGCACGGACCGGCCGGUUGAGGAGCUGCUGGCGCCGUACCCCGAGCUGGACAAGCAGGUUCGGGCGCAUCUGGCGAUCGGGCUGGAGAUCCGGCCUUGGCGGCUGUGGGUGCAUCAGCCGUACCCGUAUCUAGUCCGUAAUAUGGUGUGUCUGUUGGGCGAUGCUGGUCAUCCGAUGAUGCCGCACCAGAGUCAAGGUGCCUGCAUGGCUAUCGAGGACGCCGCUGCGCUGGGUAUCCUUUUCAGACCGGACUAUUUUGACGGUAACGUCGCCGAGGCGCUGCAGGCAUACCAGGAGAUCCGACUACCGCGUGUCACCAAGGUGCAGGCGGCGUCGGCCAAGGCAGCAUCCAAUAUCAACGAGCGGAUUGGCUUCUCAAGCAAUACCAAUAUUCCAAAGUACAAGGUCGCCAGCGAGAAGGACAAGCUGACGAUCGAGGAGAUGAAUGGAUACGACAUGUACAAGGAUGUCGAGGAGGUUCUCGCCAAACGCCGGGGACAGCCGUUUCCGCAGCUGUAUAUCCGUGGGCUUCCCAUCGGGUUGAAGUUAUCGAAUGGCACUGUCGUUGGCCAGCAGCCGUCUGCUCAGAUGAAACUUUGA